AUGUCGUCUCCCAUCUCUCCAAGCUCACCAAUCUCACCGACAAGCAGGAGGAAGCAAUCACUACCCGGCUUCCGUUCACCACCCAAGGCCCAGCCGUCUAUCCAUGAAAUGACCGUUCGCGAACUUCAGGAUACAUACCAUCGCAAUGCCAAGAUUCUUUCAUCACCGGAAGCCUCAAGUUCAUCAUACGCACAGCGCAUAGCUAUAGAACAAGCGGCCAUUCAAGAACGCUUGGUUGAAAUGGAAGGCGUUGAGACGAUCAACACUGGCUUGAAGAAAACCAGGAUCAAGGACGAGCAAGAUAUGGCAGUUGACAUGGACACCCAGCCCGAACCACCAACGAGCCGCACGAUCGAGGCCAAACGAAAAGCACUUUCCCGAUUCGCUGCUGGGACAAGUGGAACGGCGUCCGUCAUGGGUUCCAUGAGUAUGGAGGAAGCCAUCAACCUAGAACGCCAGGCCCAUCUCCAGGAGUUGGAACGGCAGAGGCGAAUCCAAGAGAAGAAGCAGAAACAUGGCAUGCCCAUGCCAGGUGAGGUGCUGACUCGCGCAGAACGCGAGGCACGGAUAUGGGCCUUCAUGAACUACAAACCGACCGACUCUGAUCUCGAGGACGACGAUGACGAUGAGGACGACGAUGACGAUCCUGCCACUUGGUUUGAAGACGAUCAAGAUGACGGCCGGAAAGGUCAGGACAUCGUUGAGCCAGACAUAGAGGACCUUAGCGGCAUAAUACGCGUCGACGAAGCCAGCGCACUACGAUAUGGUACCUUCUACGAGCCCCGGGACGACUAG